AUGCCUAGUAAUUCAUCCGUUGGGCCCGCGAAGAAGAGAAAGGGUGGCAGCCAAUGGCACAAACAACAAGGCAAAGGCAACAUCGAGGGCGGUGAUUGGGGAGUGUUUGUUUCCUGCGAUAUGGGAAAAGAAGGAAAGUGCAUGCCAGAGGCAGUGGAUCUUUUCUCUCAGAGCGUGGAAUCCACCGACGGUGAUGACCACGAUGACAAGUCCAACUCAGAUGACGAUGACGAGGACAUCGAGGCUCAAAUCAGAAGGGAGGUGGAGGGGCUGAAGCCCAGCGCGGGCAAGUCCCGUCCGUUUCGUGCUAUCCGGAUGGAUCUCCCCUGUCUCUCAUUCAUACGAUUCGACAAGUCCAUCGACCCCGAGAAAUUGGUGUAUCAACUUUGCACCGAGGCUGCUGCCAACCCAGAUAAGAAACGAUCCCGAUGGAUUCAGCGCAUGACCCCUGCAAGAUCCGUUCGAAAGACUCUUAGCGUCGACCUAGAAGCUUUUGCGCGGGAGAUCCUCAAGCCUCACUUCCAUUCUGGAGGGCCCCCGAAAAAGUAUGCCAUCCGACCCAUGGUGAGGAGUAACAAGAAGUUCAACAGGGACUUCGUCAUCAAGACUAUUGCGGGUGUCGUCGGGCCCGAACAUCCGGUUGAUCUGAAGAACUACGACCUGAUCAUCCUUGUCGUUGUCAUCCAGAACAUCAUCAGCAUUAGUGUUGCCGGGAGCGACUAUGACCGUCUGAAGGGGUACAACUUGGCUGAGCUAUACAAUCCCACACCGGCGCCGGCGCCGGCACCGGCACCCGAGCCUGCAGUCAAGCCUGCAGCCGAGCCUACUACUGUCGAGCCUACUGUCGCUACCACCGAGCCUACUGUCGAGCCCACUGUCGAGCCCACUAUCGAGCCCACAGAAUCUUAA